CAGAAACAGGAUACAACACACACACACACAGACACACACACCGUACAGAGCCACUUAGCCGCACACACGUUAAAUAACGAGCUAACGAUGCUUUCCGUUACAGCCACUCUGAACAAGACCGGCCGUGUGCUCCGGUGUCUGCGGCUGCUACAUUCAUCUCCCACCGCUAAAAUGCCCAUUCAGGUUGGUGAACAUCUCCCCGCAGUGGAAGUCCAGGAGGGCGAGCCAGGAAAUAAGGUGGCUAUGGAUCAGCUCUUCAAGGGGAAGAAGGGAGUCCUCUUCGCUGUACCUGGAGCUUUUACUCCUGGUUGCUCCAAGACUCACCUCCCGGGCUUUGUGGAGCAGGCUGAGGCGUUGAAGAGUAAAGGCGUUCAGGAGGUCGCUUGCAUUUCUGUCAAUGACGCGUUUGUCAUGGCUGCUUGGGGGAAGGAGCACGGAACAGAUGGAAAGGUUCGGAUGCUGGCUGAUCCCACUGGAGCUUUUGCAAAGGCAGUCGACUUGUUACUUGACAGUGAUCAGAUCGUGCAGGUCCUUGGGAACAAGAGAUCCAAGAGAUACUCUAUGUUGGUGGAAGAUGGAGUUGUGAAGAAGGUUAACGUGGAGCCUGACGGCACGGGGCUGACCUGCAGCCUGGCUUCCAGUAUUCUGUCUGAUCUGUAGGGUCAUUGCAAACCAAACUGCACAAACGCAUAUUAACUGUAAAAGUUGCACUAACAAAGCUCUGUACGCACAUAGUCGUGCUUCCUCCUUUUCCCAAAGACUUAUGCAAAUGUCACAUGGAUGCUAAUGUCGUAAACAGCUGGAAACUAAACAAUGCGCACAACAAUGACAUAAAAUAGCAAUCCAGAGGAACAUUCAUCAUGCUCUGUAUACUGGUUUACGUGUGAGUAAAUAAAAUUCACCCUGAAAGCAAUAAU